CAGCAGCACUACCACCAGCAGCUGGCAGCCUGGUUUACCACCGGUUGCCAACCGUCGACAAUUUGGCCUUAGACCAUCAGCGAGGCUGCUCGCUUGGCGAUCAAUACAAAGACUCAACUUUCGCCGAGUAGUCCAGCGGAAUUACUCCGCCAUACUCCCCGCUGCAGACAGCGCAUUAAGUAUUGGAAUCGACAGCCACUCGGGCCGCUGCCGCCAGAACUCCGCUGGUAGCUAUUAGUAUUCGAUAACGCGCGACAGCAGCGCCCCGCCGCGGUGAGGUCCGGCCGCGCUGACUGGAUAAAUACUCCCGGGGUCGCUAGCGCGCCACCAGUUGCUGGGCCGCGGGAACCCAACAUGAACAAGUUUAAAGAAUUCGGCACAUAGUGAAACUGACGUUUUUAGUGAAAGCUCGCCGCAUUCUCGCGCAUAGGGGGAGCGCGUACGCUAGAGACAGUGCCGUCGGAUUUCAUAAAGGUCAGCGGUAGACUGUGAAGCACUGACGGGCCCCCGGGGCAAGGACGGACACCGUGCUUGAGUGCAGCAGCUGACGUCGACACACACUCUCACGCAUACACAGCCGGCAUGUGGCGAAGGAUGCGGCUGGCAGCCUCGCGACUCUUCCUGCUAGCUCUACUGAUACUCUGGGAAGCGGGCACGUGUGACGCUGGCACGAAGGCGGACGUACAGAAUGACGGUGGCUUCGCCCACUGGUCAGCGUGGGGCGCGUGGAGCGAGUGCACGCGCACGUGCGGCGGAGGCGUCCAGAAACAACAACGAACCUGCCAAGGCCAGGGUAGCAUCUGCAGGGGCGAGGGACUGCAGUAUCGCAUGUGCAAUACCAAGCCGUGUGGUUCCGCCGUGGACUGGCGCGUCGAGCAGUGCUGGGAGUACAACAGCAAGCCGUACCGGAGUAGAUCCUACACGUGGCUGCCCUUCCACAACCACCACGACCCGUGCGCACUCACCUGCCAGGCGAAGAAGGCUGGAUUCGUCGUCGUGCUUAGUCCCAUGGUGAAGGAUGGAACACCGUGCGCGAUCGACUCGAAGGAUGUGUGCGUCACCGGCAUCUGUAAGCCGGUCGGGUGCGACAAGGUAUUAGGCUCUUCGAAGAAAGUGGACCAGUGUGGCGUGUGUGGAGGGGACGGCUCCAAGUGUGGUCAACCAAUGUUCCAGUGGAGACAGACAGACUUCUCUGCCUGCUCUGUAACGUGUGGAGGAGGUACAGAUGGGUGGAUAGCCGAUGACUGGGGAGUCUGUUCAACAACGUGUGACGGUGGCACCCAGUACCGAGACGUCUACUGCGCGCAGGAGCUACGCAACAGCAGCCGCGUGACGGUGCAGGGCAGCCAGUGCAUGCACAGCAAGAAGCCAGUCAGCUUCCAGACAUGCAGCAUCCGGCCAUGCGCAUCAUGGGCCGUCGGCGAGUGGACUGCGUGCUCCGUGACUUGCGGCAAAGGUCAGAAGUCGCGCUCCGUGCGCUGCCGGGAGGUGAACGGCCAGUACUCAAACAUGUGCGACAACAAGAAGCGACCGGCGGGCAAGCAGAGAUGCGACACGGGAGCGCCCUGCAUCGACGCCGACGAUCUGCACCUUCACCAAGUGGAAGCUACGAAUCCAGUUCCUCUGCAUCAAUCUAAGGAGGAGAUUGAGUACACAAUGCCCACUCACCCCGAACCAAAGUGGAUGGUGUCAGACUGGGGUCCGUGCACGACCACGUGCGGCCCAGGUGGCGUUCGUAUUAGAUCUGUCAAGUGCAAGGUGUUUAUGGUGCACCUACAGACGUACGUUGAAGUGCCGGAGCCCGAAUGCGUAGCGGCGCUGAAACCACCGGAGGUGGAGACAUGCAACCCGGGUAACUGCUACAAGGUUCUGCAGGAGGCCGACGAGGAGAAGGGAGAUCAGGUGUUAACCGCCAACAGCAUGUCGAGUCACACCUACUCUUGGAUACACCAUCACUUCACGCAGUGUUCCAAGUCCUGUCUCGGAGGUGAGAGGCGGUCUGUAGUGCAGUGCACACGCGAGACGGACCAGCAAGUGGUCAGUGACAAGUGGUGUGACCCGCAGAAGAAACCAACUCCUCUCGUUGAGAAGUGCAACACACAUUCCUGCCCCCCAAGGUGGGAGGCGUCGGAGUGGACGGAGUGCUCGCACUCGUGCGGGGGAGGCAUGCAGUCUCGCAGCGUGCGCUGCAUACACGAGCAGGGCCAGGGGGACGGUAACAAAUUCGUGCUGCCGCAUGAGCUGUGCCCCAAACCCAUGCCUCAGGAACAGCAGCUAUGCAACGCUGAGGAUUGCCCACCGUACUGGGCUACGGGCUCCUGGACUCCGUGUUCAAAAUCGUGCGACUAUGGUGUGCAGGAGAGAGCCGUACAUUGCAGACAAGUGAAGAGACUAGGCCAGGUCGUGUUCCUGCCUCCUGACUCCUGCCCGACUGAGAAACCCACAAGCCUACAAGCUUGCUUCUUGGAUAGUUGCCCGGGAAAGACAACGAGCUAUUUCACUACAACUCCUGCGACUUAUAUCCAAUCCGGACACAUGAAGAAGUUGAUUUUGAAAGCAAAAGGCCACGCCAUUAUUCUCGAGGGCACUAACGUAAAGAUAAAGUGUCCUGGAAAGAAAGGUCACGAUGACGUUUCGUGGGCAAAGAAUGGCAUUGUCAUUCGAACUCUAAGCCACGUCAGGAUCUCUAAAAACGGUGCGCUGCGCAUCAAAUCUGCGACUAAACACGACGCUGGUGAGUACACGUGCAUAGCCGGAAGCAAGCGUCGCCACAUCACGCUCAACUUUAGAACCGUGGACGUCGACGGAGAAGGAAAGAUCAAGAACGUUACAUACAACUCGAAAACGUUGAAUGCUAACAGGACUAUGAUAAAUGAAAAUAUCAUUCCCACCAUUCACAACGAGAGAAUCGAUGUAACUGAACCUAAUGAAAUUCUCGAAGACAAGGAUAGCUACAGCAGAUAUAUCAACCGAAGUGACGUAUACCAUAUCCCUCUCUCGUUGUCGCAUCGCAAGGAGAACAAGACAGAAGCGCCAUACUGGAAUCUCGACAUGCCUACUACAACCAUGUACACGCAAGAGGCGAAGGAAAAAGAUGAAAAGCUCAUUCUCGACUUGAAGCUAUUAGACCAAGAAGAAAAGGAUGAUACUGACAAUGAAAUGAAAGCAAAAGAUAAUACUCAGAUAGACAAUGAGUUGAAUUCUGACGGUAGAGGAUCCACACACAAUGAACCAGGCAGGGAAGACAACAGCAUUGAGGCAAAUGCAAAUGUUAAUCCGCCGCACAUGCAGCACGUUGGGGAUCUGCUGCGCAAGCUUCAGCUAGAAAUUCCGGACAUCAACAAUUUAAUUGACUUCUCAAACGGUCAAGUAGAUGACCUGGCCUUCGACUGGAAGACAAUGAACUGGACGGACUGUUCUCAAACGUGCGGUGGUCAUGGCGUGCAGGCACGAACGGCUGUAUGUGAGGUAUCGAUACACGGGAAACGCAAGAAGGUGGAUUCAACGUUGUGUACGGAGGCGGGCCUUCCCAAACCACCCGUGAUGCGCAAGUGUGGGAUCGGUCAGUGCCCAGGAUGGAUCGUUGGGAAUUGGUCCAACGUAAGUGCAGAUUGUACAAAGACGUGUGGCGUGCCAGGCCUACAGAGCAGGAUACUGCAGUGCGUGUGGUAUGGAACUAAGAAGCCCGCUGGUGAAGAAUGUAGUAACAAGCCACGCCCAUCUGUCGUUAAAAUUUGCCAGACUCCGUCGUGUUUACCAGAGAUGGCAAACUGCUACGACCACUCUCGCUACUGCAGUCUCGCCAAGCGGCUGAACAUGUGCCGACUGUCCACCUACCAGAUCCGCUGCUGCAAGACCUGCACAUCGUAACUGCUGCCGCUUAACUCCGGUGCAGAAGCUUCUCCGUUCUCUCGCUGAGCGGCGCUGCGGACACACCCCGUGGACAGCGAGGGCGCCACCUGCUAGCGGGCCGCAUGAAUGUCACGUGGCAUUUAGUUGUCGGCUCAACAGCGGAGUCGCGCGCUUUGGUCAGCGUCGUCCGUAGCUUCGGUGGAGAGAAUUUUAGUCGGCCGUAAAUACUCAAUUGUGUUAGCAUGUGUAUAUAAUAAGCAUAGCGAUAGCGUGCGUCGGAUGUCCACCUCAAAUGGAUCCAAGUGCGCAUGUGAAUGCAGGAGGCCAAGCAAUAAAUAUAUAGUGAGAAUUUGUAGGAAUUUAUGUCGUUGCACAGUUAGAUCUACGUUCAAGUUGCACUGCCGACAUUUACUCAAUUAAGCAUACAGUAUGUAUUACUAUAUGUGUGACAGGCAGUCGCAAUAACCAAGUUAAGAGUCGGUUCAGGGUUUAGUCGUGCCGUGCAGGCGUUUUGACAAGUACGACCUCGCGUGGGGUGCUUUGUUGGGCAAUAAUGAUAUCACUGUUUUAAAAGACAAAACGUCUGUAUAUGUGCUGGGCUAAUUAUUCUGCGCGAUUUGGUAGAGAAAAACGAGCAGUGAAAGCAUGUUGAAUGGUUUUCAUAAACAUUCCACUUGGGGAGAGUACGUACGUACGUGCGCCACGAACAGACUGUUGAUAUUGAAAAUAAAAUGACUACUGCUAGAAGUAGAAGAAACCUACGCAACGGCGGGACGGGAGAGUCACGAGCGGUCAACGGGGUCUGUACCAUUCGCACCACAUGCGUUUUAGAAUAAAUAAUGUUGCCAGAUAUAGUUUGUAAUGUAAAGUUCGUGUUGCGCGACACACUAGACUAGCGUCGCGUGUUAGUGCAGGUAUUGUGGUGCGUUCCAUAUAUACAUGUUAUAUAUCCAUUCUAAAAUAAUUUGUGUUGCCUCGCGUCAUCCAGAACGAGUAACCUGGAGUGUUAGCCCGUAUUGCGUUAUUGGCAACACAUGCAUUACCGCAGAACACGUAUAGUAACGAAAUGUUUGAUCCGAACUGACACCGAGGCUUUAUAGUACAUUCGUGAAAAGUGGUUGUAGGAAAAUAAGACGGGAAUAGCGAGAUAACGACCUAUACUGGAUCUGAUAUUACCGAGCGAUCUUAGCUAGGCUGCACAUUGCAUGAUCAGUAAGUUGAGUUAAGGGUGUGCUGGUGUUGGAUAGACGCAUAAGCCUUUCUGAUGGCGUUGCAGCAUCUUUGACGGUAU